AUGGCUGAGCCCCGGGCGUUGCCAGCACUUGCACUGGCGGAAGCAAUCGGCUCCAAGCGCGAUCCGCUCACACUGCCCAAGGAGUGCUACACAUCCUUUGUCAUCCCGAAGGGAAAGCCCUCGUACGGGCUGGUUUGGAUGCACGGCCUCGGAGAUGAUGAGUCGGGCUGGGCAGAUGCACUGGAGGAUAGUUUCGACCUGAGGGGUUUGAAAUCAGGCGGGUCCUGCCGCUUUAUUCUGCCACGCGCCCCCAGACAACGAGUUACGUGCAACGGCGGUGAAACGAUGACGAGCUGGUUUGACUUUCUGAAGUUGCCGCUUUCUGCUUCCGAUGCUGACAAAUCUGAAAAUGUGGGCUGCUCACUGGAGGAAGCUGUCGCGUCGUGCGGCCGCGUCCACGCAGCCAUAGACACACUUGUCGGUGAAGGCAUCCCCACAGAGCGAAUCGUGGUGGGUGGCUUCUCACAGGGUGGGGCCAUGGCAUUGCUCUCAACGCUCACUUAUCCACAACGCUUGGGCGGCGCCAUCGUCUUCAGCGGCUUGUGCUUCUUCGGGGAUCAUGUGGCGAAAUUGGUUGAUACUCCACAGUGCCGCGAAUUGAAGGUCUUCUGGGGGCACGGAAACAGGGACAAGGUCCUCCACCCAAGCCUCCAAGAUAUGGGCGUGGAAGCGCUGAGACGUGCAGGAGUAUCGGUGGUAGCUAAGAAGUACGAGGUCGAACAUGGCAAUACGCAGCAAGAGAUGGAUGACGCAGCGGCAUUCUUUGCAUCUGUUGUAGGUGCAUAA